AUGGCAGCGGUACAUUCAGCAGAAGAAGAGUUAGGAGAUUAUAUAGGGAUAAAAGAAGAAAUAGUAAACAAAUAUAGGACUCAAAUAAUAAUUACGAAUAACAAAAUAAAAGAAACAGAAACAAUUUUAGCUCAAGAAGUAGAAACAGAAGUCGAAUCAACAAAACAAAUAUCUUAUUAUCAUGUUAGGGAAAGUGUACAUUCAGCUAUACAGGAGACAUAUAAUAAUAUAAAAAUAAAAAUUUAUUACCCAAGAAAUGUGAAUAAUUUUGAUGUUAGAAACCAUAAUAUCAGUACAAACAAUAAUAAUUUCGAUUCAGGAAAUUUUAGAAGGCAUAGUUUUCGCCAAAAUAUUAGUAAUUGGAAUAGAAAUAACACAGGUCAGUCAGAACAAUAUAAUAAUAGGAAUUAUAAUAGUACUUUUAAUCAAAAUAACAUUAAUAGAAAUAGUACUAAUAAUUCAGGCCAGUACAAUAAUAGUAGGAAUAAUUUUAAUAAUUCAGGCCAAUAUAAUAUGAACAGAAAUAGUGCAAAUAAUAAUAAUAGAAAUAGUAAUUCAGGUCAGUAUCGACGGAGCCAUAGCAGACAAGAUGAAGCUAUGGAAGUAGACAAUAUUCAGAGAAAUAGUGUUAGAGAGGAUGUUCAAUCGAAUCAUGUUUUUUACAAACUAGCCCCGGAACAUCUAACUAUGAUACAGAUUACUAUUAAUAAAUUAAAAUAUCUAGCAUUAGUUGAUACGGGGUCAACAUUUUGUAUAAUAGACAAUAGAGUAUUACGUUUUAAGGAAGUAGAAAUAGCUCCGGUCCAUUAUUCCACAAUGGAAAAGAUUCAAUAA